AUGGAUGAGGUUGUACAAUUACUUCAGAAGUUACUUCCCCUGUUGUCAGUAGAUUUGAUUGAAAAAACAAAAGAUAAAUUGAUUGAGAUUGGAGUUAAUAGUGUUGAAGAUCUACAACUUCUUCAAGAGCGAGAUCUGACCGGUGUUCUAAAACCCAUACAAAUAAGGAAACUAUUGCAACAUUGUAAUGCAGGUGUGUAUGGUGAUAAUAGCAAAUGCUUUACAAUUAUUAGCAGUUAAUUUCAAACUUUUACAUACAGUAUGUACAUGUAUUCAGAAAUAAAUAUUUUUCAUUUAUACAUUUCACUUUAAUUAACUUCACCUCUUAUGCAUGCAUGCACUUUAAUUUACAUUUCCAUUCAAAUUUAAACCCACCAGGAAAUAUGUGGUUAACAUCCCCAUUGUUUUACUGCUGCCUUGUUUAAACCCUAGCUGGUCUUCACUGGCAACAUAAGCAUAUAAGCAAGAAAACAAAGCAUGUAUGUUGCUCUGAGGAUUUCAACGCUGACAAAAGUAAAUAAUUUUCCUUUGAAUUUGCUUUUGUUCUAUCUUAGUUUACGCUUGCAGUCUUAUGCUUGUGUUGCACAUUUCACUGCAUUUCUUUGUUUUGUCUUAGUUUGUGCUUAUUCUUAUUUGCAACAUUGGUGUGCUUUGCAUUUCUGUAGCAAAAACUCCUGCUGCACCAAUAGUUAUGUCAUUGCCUCUUCGGAAGGAAACUUCUAACACGACACCGGCAAAGAGUAUUGAUAGUUCAUUUGAUUCACCAUGUUCGGGACGAAAUACUCCAAUUAUGUUUGAUGAUAGUGAUAUCCAAUCAGAUACUGGAAAUGAUAGUGCAUCUGGUAGAAAGACAAGUAACCACUGGAUCAACAAUUUCCAAAUACCCUGGAGUAAAUUUCCUAAAUCUUUGCUCGAUGCCUGUACCAGUAAGGUACGACCAACGCCGCGUGAUAGACGUGAGAUGAUACGGAUCAUAUGUAAUGAUAUUAAAAUGCACACUUUACUUCCUGGAAGGAAAAAUCUAGCUCGGAUUGCAGAAAUGAUGGUAACCAAGUACAAGGAUGCGUUUUGUGAUACUAUCGGUGACACUGUUAUUGGUUCGGGUUACGAAUCCCUGCGAAAACAACUCGAAGAAAAGAUGGCAAACUUGAAUAGGAAAACUGACAAAGCUAUUGUAAAGUUGAAUGUUUCCAGUGAUGACGACAACGACUCUGAAACAAAAGUCAAGGCAAAGAAAAGACUUGGACCUGAUUCAUACGGAUGUAUAAACUGGCAACCGGACUCAUUCCCCAGCAGCGAGACACCUACCAGUCAAAAAUCAAAACAAGAUUGGCUUGCUGAAGAGUUUCCCAAGAAAAACCAGAACAAAACCAAAGUUUUGCAAUUCAUGGAAAAUACCUACAUAUCUCAGCGUCUUCUUAUAAACCAAACCGACACAAAUCCAGUGUCAAUUGAGGAACUUCAAAUCCAAUGGCCCUUCUUAUUUGAGAAAGACUGUUUGUUUCAGCACUUUGAACUUCUUAUGGGAUUUCAUAUCCAGAAGGUCAUGCUAGAAAGUGUUGGAGACAAAGUAGAUACCAUAUUCAAGUUUAUGAAAGAGAAUGCUAAUCAUUCAAAAAAAAACCUGAACCAAUUUGUGAUUCGUAUAGAAGCUGCUAUGUCUGCAGAGAAAAGCAAAAUACCCCUGAUGGAUGGUGUAUAUCUAUUGCUCAUGGCUUACUUUGAAGAACCUCAAGAGCUUAUGAUUAAGUCAUUUGAUGUAAGUAUCUGCCAUGAAGUAAAUUAAUUAUCUGGUGCUAGAGUUUGUAACGAGUAGGAUCGACCAGGAACUGGAUGGUAGCAUGAGUGGAUUGUAGCAUGUAGUCAAAAGUUAAUAGUCGUUGGUCUGUGACUACAUGAUUGUGUUAACAAUACAAGUGAUAAUUAGUCUUUGUAAAGACCUGCAUUUGAAAAAACAAAGACAUGUUAGUUGAAUUGUUGUUAGCACAAUCAUGUAGUCAUAGACAAAUUAUUAAGAUUAGCUUUGGACUGAAUUGUACAAGAAUAAGAAUAAUAUACAUGUUAUUAAUAUUAAAUAUCAUGUUUCGCUCGCUACUCUGGUUUAACUAAAUAUUACAAAGCAUGUCGAAUUGUAAUCAAGACGCAACGUUUCGACACUCCAGUCUAGUGUCUUCAUCAGGGGUGAUCUAAAGAUGCAAUCGUGGCUUCUUAAUUAAAGACCCAAGGGAUGACGUCACCUGCCAAUGAGAUGCAUGUAUAUUCCUCUGCCAAAUCGGCACCGUCAUCCUUAUUCAAAGCAUGAUUACUCAUAUUUACAUUCCACGCUUCUAGGCAAAGUCUUUGACCAUAGUGAUUGUUUGUGGUAAUUACUUUAGAGUUUUCCCUCGCAAUCUCGUGUUUGACGUAACAUACAUGUUCUGCUAAAGCUGAUUUCCCCUUGUCUAAAGUUGAAACAGCCUUUUGAUGUUCUUUUAGCUGUGUACCAAACUCGCGUUUAGACUGACCCAAAUACUCUUUCUCGCCAGUCACUGCAUUGUACGUAUAGAAUAUACAACAUGAGUUUUCUGAUUUGUUUUACUGUCCAUGCAAUGGAAGUGUUGAUAAAAUAUUGCAUGAAUUCAUUUCCUCAAGUUGAUCAAUUCAUUUGAUAGAAAAUCGAUCAACUUCCUGUUCCUUCUAGAUGAGCCAAAUAGAUUUCGUUUCAGAACCGACUGACCUAUAGGAAACGCACAGGAAGUAAAAAGAAAUUUGAAUUUGUAUGAAUUGAUCAACUUGAGGAAAUGAAUUCAUGCAAUAUUUUAUCAACACUUCCAUUGCAUCGACAGUAACCGGAUCUUUUGGCUUUGCGAAAAUAUGACCUAAAGUCAAAUAUAGGCAACCUUAAUAUUACAAUUACUUAAUAUUCUCUUGAUUGGUUCCGCGACACCUUGAAUGUAUGGAACUGUUGCAUAACUCUUAACAGAGGUAUCACCCUCGUAGGAACCAAAAAAACUCCCAGGGUGAUACCUCUGCUAAGGGUUAUGCAAUAGUUCCAUACAUUCAAGGUGUCACAGAACUAAUCAAGAGAAUAUUAAUUUAAGUAAUUGUAAUAUUAAGGAUGCCUUAAAACCCCAUUUGAUUUUAGGCCAUAUUUUCUCAAAGCCAAAAGAUCCUGUUAAAACAAAUCAGAAAACUCAUGCUGUAUAUUCUAUACCAUGCGGUGACUGCGAGAAAGAGUAUUUGGGUCAGUCUAAACACCAGUUUGGUACACGGUUAAAAGAACAUCAAAAGGCUGUUUCAGCUUUAGCAGAACAUGUAUGUUACACCAAACACGAGAUUGCGUGGGAAAACUCUAAAGUAAUUACCUAGAAGCGUGGCAUAUAAAUAUGAGUAAUCAUGCUUUGAAUAGGAAUGACGGUGCCUAUUUGCCAGAGGAAUACAUGCAUCUCAUUGGCAAGUGACGUCAUCCCUUAGGUAUUUAAGAAGCCACGAUUGCAUCUUUAGAUCACCCCUGAUGAAGACAAUAGACUGGAGGGUCGAAACGUUGGGUCUUGAUCAUUCGACUGGGCUUUGUAAUCAUUUAGUUAAACCAGAGUAGCGAGCGAAACAUGAUUGAUAUAUCUGGUUGCAGUGAACUUUAAAUAUUAUUAUAUUAUUACUCUCCGUCUCUCCGAAUACGCAUGUCUAGUCAAGAAUGGCUUGUACUUUGCCCCUAAAACGAAAAUCUAAAAGCGUCUAUCGAUGAGUAUUAUCGCUUACAAUCAUUGUGUCAAUAGCGCAGAUAAAUAUGUCAUAAGUUUUCGUUAAUUAAGUUUUAGCAUUAUGUAUUUUAGGAAACUGCCACUGUUACAGAUGUGGUGAAAAACUGUCCUAGCACACCGUACAUAGCUGUGUUUGGUAAGUAAUUGUCUCAUGGUUAAUUCUAUUAUCCACUAUCCUACUUGCAACUACAUCCAUCCAUCUAGUCAGCAAGACAUUUCAUUCAGGCUAGUAGAAAAAUUAAUUCAGGUGGCAGAUGCAACUGAAAAACAAUAGCGUUAACUGGAUAUAUGGUAUCACUGGAGAUAUAACUAUUUCAAUUAAAGUUGUCAGCCAAUAGUCAAAUAUAUAAUAUGAGCGCAAAAGAACGAUUGGAAUAAUAUAAUUAAUAUGUUUAUUAUGAUUAUUCCCAUCAUUCUUUCCUGCUCAUAUUGUACUCAGCGCUGUAGCUAGAACGCUAAUUGGGGGGUGUGUAUAUUCAUAUGUUCGUGUUCUGCCUGACGGAUUUCUUUUGAAAUCGAUUGUCUUCAUGGUAUGUGAACAUGCAUAUAUGAAUAUACACCCCCCCAAUUAUCGUGUCUAGCUACAGCCCUGAUUGUACUAUUGUCGGUGAUAACCUUAAUUGAAAUAGCUGUAUACUUGAUAUCCUUAAGCACGUAAAUAGAAUAAUGUGAUGACAUUAGGUUCUCUGAAAUUAACAUCGUUUAAAUUAUAGAUACAAAGUUUGAAGGUAAUUUUUCAUAAUUUUGGAAUAUGACCAUCACAUUGAUUUUGUGAAUUCAUAACUGAAAACCAGACCUCUAUAUUAAGAUGUGUAAAAUAUUUUACCAAUUUAAAAUACUGUUCAUUCAAAAUUUCCUUAUGCAAUGUGAUGUCAUAUAUUUCACAUUUGCAUUAUAAAACAAAAAUAUUGCCCAAAAUUAUUGCCAACAAUUAAACUGCCCAAUGCCCACAUGUCUGAAUCAAUGUCCGAACAAAGGAAAGGUUGAACGAUGUGCUUGACUAUUUAUUAAUAAUAUUAUGCCUUGGGAUUAAAUAGGUGAUGAGCUGUUGGGGAAAAGGUGCUGUUUGGUGCUGGAUGGUAUUGUCGUAAAUGACUCUCUCACAAGCAUAUAUGAAGGACUGAUGAUGUUGUUUGCCUCAUACUAUGUGUUAAACAUAGCAUAUCCCGAUGAGCUAUCAGCCACUUUGGAAUUUAUUCAGAGGUCAGUACUUAUUUGUUUACAUCCAUUACAUGUAGAAGGUCUAUUACUUGCAUUUCAACGAACCGGGAUAUUAUAUAUGGAAUUAUUUUUAAGUAUCACUCGUAAUGCAAAUCAUGAUUGGUCCCCCUUUAAACGGCUUACAGGUAAACUAGGUGAAGUGUUCCUCUUUUCAGUUCCCAACUCAUAAUUUGGAAUUUCCCUAAUUAACUUUGCAAAUUUCCCUUAGGGACAUUUGCAAUAUUCCUAACUUCCUGUUCCCAAAUACCUGUGAUUGAUAUUUGUGAUGUUACUCUGAGUGUAUAUCCACACCGGGCAAGCUUGAAAAAUAUGGCUGGCCACGGUGGGAAUCGAACCUACGACCUUUGAAAUACUAGCCCAAUGCUUUGCCAACUAAGCUAUGCAGUCAGGUCGGUUCGAGUAUGUGAUAUUUCGGAACUGAAUCUAGUUCCUUCGAUAUCAAUGCAAUCUAUUAGUCAUGAAUUGUUUUCUGUGUCGGUGUUAUGUACUCAGGUGAAUAUGAUAUUUAUGAUAUUUGUCAGAGUAACAUCACAAAUAUCAUAUUCACCUGAGUACAUAACACCAACACAGAAAACAAUUCCUGUGAUUGAUAGUUUGCUUUUGUUGACCAGUCACAAUGCAAAGCACAAAACAGGAAGUUACAAAGUUUGAACAGGAAGUUAGGAGCAUAUAAUUGGCUUAGGAAUGUUUCUAACUUCCUGUUCUUUUCUGUGCGAGUGACUAGCCAAGAACAAUCUACCAAUCACAAUGCAAAUGCAGUGAAAUUCCAAAUGAGUUAGGAACUGAAAAAACGAAUGCUUCACUUACAGUAGAUUAUCAGUAUGUUACUGAUUAAUCCAAUUAUCAGCCUCACUAUCCUCUCACGUAUUCUAGGAAAGGAUGAAAUGUGGGCAGUUUUCCUAUAUAAUGACCGACUGCAUGAUGGUUAGGCUAAGGAUGAUUUGAUUAGUACACUUGCAUAUAGAAAUAUGUUAACUUUACUUAUAAAUGAUUGUAUUUUUCGGUUUCAAUAUAGAUGUUUUCUCAACCUGAACCCAGAGAAGGGAAACAAAAGAGCUAAAAAGAAAGGAAAAGGGAAACAACAUUCUGUCAACCCAAAAGUCUUGGCCUUAGCGAAUACCUUGAAGGAUUACCAAAGCAAAUGGACUUUAUAAGGAUUUUCUUGAUAUAUUCAGGUUCUGCACGAGGUUGCAUUUACAGAAUAAGAAUAUAUUACUGUUGUGGUUAGGUAACAAGUUAUUGUUAUGUUGAAAAUACCGUAUAUGUUGUACCAAAGACUGCAUAUUUGUUUUGUCGCACAAAUUUGACGAUUUUGUUAUGUUACUUAUAGUUAUCAAAGUUAAAAGACAUUUCUCAAUAAAUAUUGACCGUUAUUCGUGAAAAAUGUUGGUAUUAAAAUGUCUUAUUUAUUGCACUUCCAAGUUCAGUUUUACGCGUAUUAGGUGUUUAUUAACAGUUGCAGUGUUUAUUAACGGUACUUUCCUAGUUUUAUAUUAACAUAUUACUGUAAAAUUACAAAUUUCUGUUGAAAUACAGUCUCUGUAAUUUUACAGUAUUUAUUCUGGCGUCCAAGCUGCCAGUACUUUUACUGUGCUUUAGCAUUACAAUGUACUGAAUAUUAGCAGUACAAUAUACUGUAUAUUAGCAGUUCAUUGUACUGUAAUUUAGCAGUUCAUUGUACUGUAAUUUUGCAGUUCAAUGUACUGUAUAUUAGCAGUUCAUUGUACUGUGAUUUGGCAGUACAAUCUACUGUAUAUUAGCACUACGUUCUACUGUAUAUUAACAGUACUUUUCUGGUUACACAUUAACAUAAUAUUCCUGUAAAAUUACAGUUCUCUGUUAAAAUACAGUCUCUGUAAUUUUACAGUAUUUCUUCUGGCGUCCAAGCUGCCAGUACUUUUUACUGUAAAAUAACAGAGAUUUUUUUAACAGUGUAUAGCCUUUUGGUAGGUGACAUUGUUGCCGUAAAUCCAGGGAAAGAAAAUGGAAUUCCCAGCGGUGACAAAUGGUGGUUACUCCAGGUGAAUAAGGCCCUUCCAUGUACCAAAUCUUCUAGUGGCUGCCAUGUGUCAGGAUUUUGGUUAGAAAUGUUACCAUCCUCACAACAACCUGAACAAGGCUGUGCACUAAAGUUACAAAGAGAUAGUGCAAAAACUUAUUAUGGCAGUCUGAUAAAAAAAGAUGAUAAGCCUGCUGUCAUACCAGUUGAGGAGCUUAAUUCUGGAUGGCAGGAUGGUGCUGCUGUGUACAAAUUAACCCAGGAAUUUGCACAUAGCCUGGAUGAAAUUUCAGAUGACUUCAGGCAUUGUUUGGGCAAACCUGAUGAGAGGGAAUUGCAGAGUAGUGACAGUGGAAGUGAAGAUGAUGCAACGACACGCGAACUUGCACAUUCUGUGCAAGAGGAAGUUCUUCAACUGUCAAGGAGAAGAAUUAUACGAGGUAGAGAAGGCCAGAAUAUUAGAUCAUAUGCAGAAUUGUGUGGACAAAGGCAAACUAAAAUAAUUAGACAAAAACGGACGCAUAUGCUAGGGCUAAGUACAGACAUAGUCGAGUGUGCAGAUAAAGAUUAA